CUCCUCAACCUUUGUCCACUCCUCGACGCUGUGCUCCGUCUUGCUCACCUCGUAACCUCCUUCCCGUCAACGCUGCCAGAUCGUCACCAUUCUCCUCCUCUCCUGGAUCGUUGCUCACGUCUACCCUUCAUCGUCCCGUUGCCAAGGAAAUCACACUCGCUCUUUCUACCCUCGUCACGGUUCCGCAUUGCUUCACUUUCCGCUACCCAUCCCCCACACAAGCACUAUACCACCGCGGCAGGACCAUAGGGCCCUUCUUUGACAUCGUCUCCUAAAGUCUUAGACAAGUUUACUUCACAUGGCUCCUUAGACCUGCAUACCCAGGUGCACACUCAGCACGUCUUCGCGUACCACGCUCGUUCUUUCUCUCUUGCUCCUCAUCGUCCUCGCAAAGCGCCAUCUCAGUGAUGGUGUACCAUCUCGAAGCAGGUCCACGUCCUCCGUUACAAACACAACGAAGUCUCGGUGCACUCCAGCAGCAGCAGCAGCAGCAGCAACAGCCAGCCGAUGCCUACCUCUUCAGCCCACACUUUGACGAUCUAAGAGCUGCACGCUUCAGCCGCUCCUAUUCUUAUUCGCAGACGACUUCACCAUUAUUGCAACCGCACAAGGCUUCAUCGCCUCUACGGCGGCCAGAAGACCCUCCGUCCUCGGCGCCUUAUAGAAACUACCACUAUGACUAUCGUGCCAGUCCUCCAGGGAUAGGGACAGACGAUUUUGAUGAUCACGCUGGGCCUUCGGGGUCAAGACAGGUCAAUGUCGCAGGUCUAGGGGCUGGAGCGCGUAGGGCUAUGGAAAGCGGUAGGAGAGAAGCUGAGCAGGCGCAGAGGAACAGAGAGAUGGACUACCAACUUCAGCAACAGCAUCAUUAUCAGCAACAACAGCAGCAGCAGUACGAAGAGGAAGAGAGGAGGCGCGCUUGGGAGGAGGAGCACUUCCAACGACAAGCGCAAGAGAAGGAGAGGGUAGCAGCAGAGCAGGAGCAACAACGGCAGCAGCAAGUACGCCGGCAACGUGAAGAGCAGAUGCAGCGGCAGGCAGAGGAAGCUGAACGUUGUAGAAUACGGGCAGAAGAGGAAGAAGUCGCAGCGGAGCGGGCAAGGAUAGUUGAGCAGCAACGAGCGCAAGAGUGGUAUCGGCAACACCAAGAGAGGGAGCGCCAGUAUGAGCAUGAAGCUCACUCUAGUCCCGCUGUCCCAGAAGCUGCCGUCAAAGAGGCCGCGCAAGAGUGGUAUUCAGCUGAGGACAGGGGGAGCAGCAGGCCCCUCACCAAUGGGCAGUACUAUGCCCGUCAGAGUCUGACCAACGCGGAUGACGAGGGCGAGGGAGAAUCUCGCGAUGUACUUGGAGAUCUUCCCAUACAGCGCACGGGGAAGAAGGGCCAGCGGUCGACUGCCGUCGAGGAGAGUAGUCGUGACUCUUGCAGCUCCAUGGCCUCGCAGGCAUAUCUGGCCUACGAUCAGCCCUCACCACCAGAACAUCCUACAGAUGGUACUCCAGUGUUCCACGGCCUCUCCAUCAAGGACGACACUGUGCAACGGCGAUCGAAAUUCGACAGUCUGCAGGCCUUCUCCAUUGCAGGUACGAAUGUCGACUAUCAGCGCGAGACAGUCUACGAGGACGACUUUGAGGAGGAAGCCCUUGGCAACCUCUCGCGCUACACGCAUUACGGAGGUGGCCAAGACUCGAUUCCCAGCCAUGGAGGCUCAGCUUGGUCCGGAGCUCGCAAGUCCCUUUUCCGAGCCACCACCUAUCAGCCAGUACCUAUGGCUCGAUGUGCAGAUUGCAAGCAAGAGCUGGAUUUGGAAGAGCUAGCCAGUCAUCUCUGUGAUCGAACAUCGGCAGGUUCGACCCCUACUGCGACUGCCAGCCCACGUUCUCCCUUGAGCCCAUUGGUGAUUCCUGAACCGGGCGCAAUCACGACGAUGAGCCCCUCCACUUCGCUCUCGCCCUCUUCUUCGCGCUUCAUGGAGAGGUACAAUGCCAUGGAAGCUACCCCUAGGAAGAAGAGCCUCUUCAACACUGCACACAGUCAUUCACCCAAGGCUGCGAGUACCGACAGCUCAAUGCACUCUCCACGAGCCUUGCAGGUGACAAAGGAGGAGAUUGUGCGAUCUUCCUCCUCUCCCGCCGCGUCGCCCCUGUCGUCUUCGCUGACCGCAUUUGAAGCAGGCGUAGCGACGGAGAAGAGGCGGCAAAUCGAGUCGCAGCGAGCUGCCAAGCAGGCCCUCUCGCCUCGGCCAUCGGACUCCAUCGAUGGCUUUUCUUCUUUCCUCCAACCUUCAAGCCCCACUUCUUCCUCGUCUAGCAGACCAAGCCCUUCCCGCUCACAGUCAGACACAGUAGCAAAUGGGCAACGACCCUCGGCAGCUGUGGACAACUCACGUCUGAGACCUGUCCUGACACAGCAGGAGCGCUCCAAUUCGGACCGCAUCGUGAGCUGUACCUCUACCUCGUCUUCGGCUUCCUCUUCCGGCGCAGGCUCCUCCCUCUUUGCUCCCAAUUCGCCAGCAGUAGCAAUUACGCCCAGCUCCAGUUUUGGAGAUUCGGUCGACCUGGAAAGUAGCAAAGACAGCGAUCGAGCAAGAGGAGGUGGGUCCUCGCCAGGUUUCCUGUCCCCUGAAAUGGCCACGGCUGCUGGCGCUGCAGCUGCUGCUGCAGCUGCGACGUGGGGUCGUCCUAUGCUGCCUGAGCGCAAGACAUCGAGGAAGAAGGGCGCUCUGCCUGCCCCGCUUGAUCUGGGUGAGGUGGAGAGGAUGAUGCGCGACCUCAAGGCCGAUGUCGCAGCUGUCGGUUCCGUGUCCCAGCCUUCCUCUGCUGAAGUACCAGUACGUCGUGGUGCUGCAUCUAGCCACAAGCAAGGCAACAGCCCCGGCUCCAACAAGAGCAACCUCAACCGUCCACCACGAAGCAGCAGCAGCAGCGCUAGCAGCAGACACAAGACCAAUGGCAAUGGCGACUCCCUCGCCCUGUCCAUCACUUCCAGCUGCGCCUCUGCCUCUUCCAUCUCCUCCUCCUCUGGCUCCUCUUCCUCCACAACCGCCGCCACUGCCGCUCGUCGCGGCGCACGUCGCGCCGCUCGCAAAUGCUGCGUCUGCUCUUGCUCCUUGUCCCAACCAAGACCGGGUAGUUCAGCAGCAUCUGAAAAGAUCAAGUUUGUAGAAAAGGACGGUAGAUAUUUCUGCGCCGAGGAUUAUCGUCAACGCUAUCUACCCAAGUGCGCCUACUGUCGUCUCACAGUGGAAAAAGGCGGAGUGAAAUCUUCCGAUGGUGCUCUCAGGGGGAUUUAUCACAGGGACUGCUUCCGCUGCUCCACCCCGACGUGCAGGGCGCGCUUUGAACAAGGGGAGUUCUUCGUCUGGGAAGGAGCGCCGUACUGUUUUGAAGACUACUCGAAAAAGGCGGGGACGAUCUGUGGGGAGUGUCAGAGGGGGAUCAUGGGAGAGUGUAGACAGGUACUGCCCCCCAUCGUGGGAGCUGCUGCUGUGGGAGCUGGACACUCCCCUGCAAGUAGUCACGAUGUGGAUCUUGCUACUGGAGUCGAGACACCAGCAGCAGCAACAGGUGCCCGCUUCCAUCCUUCCUGCUUCACAUGUCAAUACCUCUACCACCCAAACUCCCUUGGGACGGGCACAAAACCCGACAACCACGACCACGGCCGACAGGGGCAGCGGCGGCAGCAGCAAGGGCGUUGUUCUGUUCAACUAGACGAUUUCUGGGAGACGCACGAUGGACGACGGGUGUGCGAGGAGCACGCAUUGCUUCUUCUUCGUGAGGAAGAGGAAGAGAGGGAAGAGAGGGAGCAGCAGCAGCAGAGAGGGGGUGGGGGUGGAGGUGCUGCUGCUGCUGCUUGGCAAGACGGUGGUGGUGGCGGUGGUGGUGGUUGGGGACUGAGUGUGGAAGCUGGGAAAGGAGGAGGAGGAGGAGGAGGGAAGAGAAGAGGACCGUUAGCUGGAGCAUCCCUUCGUGCGCAGAAGAGGGGGACGAUGCUAAAGGCGCUCGUCUAAGAGCAUACCAGCAGGCCAGGCAAGGCAAGGCAGAGCUGACAUGCUGUGCUGCGAUGUGCUGUGCAUGGUGUGUGGGGUAGUGUGGUGCGAUGUGGUGCGAAUGUUCAUAAGAUGUUUAUAGGAUAACAUGGACGCAGCAAUGAUUACGGACACCGAUCCGGAUUCAAUGCGAUUGUACAAUACAAUACCUUUGCCCUUGAC